AUGAAAAAACCGCGGCGACCAGCGGUAUCUGUUUUAAAAUUUUUUCGUGGCAUAACUAAAUUGACUGUUCACAACUCAAUGGGUAAAGAAAAAACACGUGUCAAUAUUGUUGUUAUCGGCCAUGUUGAUUCGGGUAAAUCAACAACAUCGGGCCAUUUGAUUUACAAAUGUGGUGGUGUCGAUCAGCGAAUGA